UUUGCCCCCCUGGACGAUAAUGGCGAUAAUGACGACGAUAGGGUAUGUCUUUCGCCUCUAUUCAAGGUUCCUCCUUGAUCUAUUUUCAUCCCUCCGCUCGCCCUUCAUUUCCAUUUCACACUUCCUUUUCUUCCUUUCAUCCGAUCGAAGAAAGCCUGGCAUCUUCAUCAUCUCGCAUCCCUUCGCGCAUCAUCUCAUCUCCUCCCGCCUGCUCUCGUCAUCAAGUGACACCGCGGAGGGUUACUGACAUCAUUCUUUCGCCCCGCUCCCCCAGUCCUCUGUUCCGUGAACACUCCAGGUACCAGCCCUACCUCCCUUGUCAACCCUUCAGCCAUGCCCCAACGGACAUUCUCAACCGCCAACGGCAGCGGGACUCCGUUAGCCGAGAAUAUCAGCGCACAUAACCACCUCCACCACAGCCCCAGCUCUGGCUUACUCAACCGCAACACAGCCAGUAGGCCAGGAUCUCCCUCGAACAUUGGCGGGGCCAUCUCCAUGUCCUCAUAUCAUCAACACUCCUCAUCCGUGGCUUCGGUCCAUAGCAACGGUAGCAGCAGUAACCUUCUCAGCAACAAUGGCAACGCCAAUGGAAUUAGUAGCGGCGGAUACGAGCAUGGAACCACAGGGUCGUCGUCGUCGUCUGUAUUAGAUCACUCGAUUUCUGUCGGCAACAGCGGGUAUUUCAAACGAUCCAAGUACAACAGUGGCCUGCAUUCAUUGUUAUCCCCAAAGCGAUGGAGGUGGUGGAAUUACACCGCGGCAGUACUCCUAGUUUUUGCACUGGUUGAAGGCCUUGUGCUGCUGAUUGGAUCCACUGUCCUGUACUCGCUUCCUGACCAGAUUCAAAUCGACUCUCGAGAUUUCAGAAAAGUUGAUUACCAGGGCCUAGCCCUUGAUCCCUCAGCGACUUACAAGAAGCAGAUCCAGGUCUACCAUGUCACCAAAGAAUUUAGUCAGGCCUCUAUGGGUGGUCUCGGCAUGGUCGUUACCGCCCUGGCAACUGCCCAGCAGCGGGCACGUUCUCAGAAGGUCAACAUUGUCAUGCCCUAUUACUCCAUCUUCGACAGUGUACCCGGAAUCAAUAUCAGGCUAAGCAUCACCCUUCCACUCGACAUCAUGGACAGCCGUGGACGCACUCAGAACCUCGUUUUCAGCGUGUCCAGGUUCAAAUUUGCGGUCCCGAGCCGGCCGAGCGACCUGGAACGCGACAAGCGAGCUAUCACACCUGUCACUGUCUGGUUGAUUGGUCCCGGCAGUAUCUACCCCUUUGACAGAGCUUUCCAAACCAAGAGUGUCCAGGACAUAUACUCAACUCCCAAAGGUCUGCCCAGCGAAUGGAAGGAUCUUUUUUUCUCCAAGGCAGUUGCGACAUUUAUUCAGCAUCAGAACAAAAACAAUGACAUCUCACUCUUUGCUACUGCAGCGACCCGUAUCAUCGAUGUCGUCCAUGUGCACGGUGCCACUAAUGCCCUCGUUUUGCACUAUCUCCAGCAAUCCAUCGACAGAGGCGCCAUGGGAGAGGAGCCACCAGCAUUGAUUUACACCCUACACGACUAUCUGGAUGAGCUGCAGUAUUCGAACGAGAUCGUCAACGUGCAAAAGUUCAUGGACAAGCGUGUCCAUUCCGAAGACGAAGAGGAGGACAUGUAUCUGCAGAUGGACGGCAUCUCGCCUUACUGUCAUGGACAUCGCAUGUUCACCUCAGCCAUGGGCAUCGAUCUCGCUGAUGCGGUUACCUUCGUCUCCAAGACCAUGGCCAAGGACAUUGUAGAGGGUCGCCUGGACUUUUAUCUGAAGGAGCUUGUCCUUGGAAGCAUUUUGAAUCAGGCAGAAAAGAACUUGUUCGUCGGUAUUACGAACGGUAUCGAUUUCAGAGAGUUGAACCCCUGGACAAGGCCCGAGCUGCUUGAACAUGGAUUGGCAUUCCCACCCAACGAGCUAAUGGAGCAGAUCCAAGGAGGGAGCGAUACGGUCAUCAAGACGCCCAACCCCUCUAUCCGUUCAGCCAAGGAGGCGGCCAAGCACUUUUUGUACAGCAAAGGACUCCUGACGGAGCAAGACCUGAGCAAGCCAUUGGUUCUGUUCGUCGGUCGCUUCCAGUACAACAAGGGGCUCGAGUUCUUUGUGACAGCCAGCACAGCGAUCAAGGAACGUGGCGGAAUGUUUGUGAUCAUGGGUCAGCCUAACAACUAUCCAGUCAAGUCAGUUAACAAUCUGGAACGUCUCUUCAAAGGAACAGUCAGAGUCAUUUCGGACGCCAAAACGCAGGAUGAAUGGGGAAUUUACUGGCGCACUGCUGCUGAUUUCCUCAUAGUCCCCUCAUUGACGGAAAGCUUUGGCCUCGUUGCAGCGGAGGGUCUCCUAUUUGGAUCCACAGUCAUCUCCUCGGGCGUCGGAGGCCUAUCUGAGUUCUUGGUAGACCGGCCGAAUGAGAACGACAGGCGGCAGCAGGAGGAACUCGAGGAAGCCAAGCUUGAGCAGCAAUAUAUCCCUCUGGAUCAGCAAAUUAUUGAGGUACCCAGAGAAGAGCGCUUCAACAGCUACCUGUUCGAUGCCUUUGCGACUGACGCCCAUUCACAGCUGGUGGCAGCGAUCUACGACGGGCUCUUGGAAUGGAAACGUCUGCAGCAGGACCCAGAGGAGCACGAAAAGUUCUUGACGCGGCUGGUGGCGAGUGCAACGUCGAUGGGAUGGGAUAGGUCAGGCGGCCCUGUGGACCAGUACCGUGCCCUGUAUGAGAUUGCUCUCAGCAACAUUGGCUUCAGCGGACGCUCGGCAUGAUAGCGCUGCGGCGUCUGCCAUCACCGACAUACUGCUCCAGCACUCAGACCAUCUGGUCCCUAUGUCAUUUCUUCCCUCCACUCUCAUACCUUCACGAUGGCACCUUUUUCUUUUUGUAGAUUGUAAAAAAUAACGACGAAGACUUGUCAAUUUAUUUAUCUCCAUGCAACAUCAUAGACACUAUUCAAUGGAAUAAAACUUCAUGACUCUUGAA